UGGUCAUUUUGACUGGGUUUCUUCUGACGUCACAGCCACCGGCGCUUAAAACAACCCGCAUCUGGGCUGACGUGUUUAAUACUAGUUUUUAUAACGCAAAAUAUGUAUUUCUGACAUCAAAGGCGACAACACUCGCAGUUUCUUUCAGGAUGUGCGCGUUGUAGAAGUUUAUCAGUGCGACAGGAGGGAUAAAUCAAAGCGUGCAUCAGUUGAACAUCUCCUGGAAGGCGUUUAAAGCGAAUUAAACAUGCUAGAAUCGCGCUUCGCCCUAUAAGCGUCCGGCAGCUUUAUGCGUUACCAAUCAAUCGGUACACUGAAACACAGCAGACCUGCAGUCUCGCCUGCGUUCCGCGAAAGGGGGAUCACUUUACAAUGUCCUAUCCUCAAUUCGGAUACCCAUACUCUUCUGCACCUCAGUUCCUCAUGACCACCAACUCUCUGACAUCUUGCUGCGAGUCGAGCACCAGAUCCAUCCCGGACUCAUCGGCGCAGACCCCCGUGUACUGCCCGGUGUACGAGAGCCGGCUGUUGGCCACCGCCAGACACGAGCUCAGCUCCGCCGCCGCGCUCGGGGUCUACGGCAGCCCGUACACCGGCGGACAAGGCUACGGGAAUUACGUGACCUACGGAGCUGACGCAUCGGCGUUCUACUCUUUGGGAACAUUUGACGCCAAAGAUGGAAGCGCGUCUGCGCAUGCGGGGAUAACACCGGCUGCCGCAUAUUACCCAUACGAUCCCACCCUGGGACAGUACCAGUAUGACAGGUACGGCUCUAUGGAGGGCGGGACCCGCAGGAAAAACGCCACCCGGGAGACCACGAGCACGCUGAAGGCCUGGCUGCAGGAGCACCGGAAAAACCCCUACCCGACCAAAGGAGAGAAGAUCAUGCUGGCCAUCAUCACCAAGAUGACCCUCACUCAGGUGUCCACCUGGUUCGCCAACGCCAGAAGGAGACUCAAGAAGGAGAACAAGAUGACCUGGCCACCGAGGAACAAGGGCUCGGACGAGAAGAAGUAUGAUGAUGAUGAGGAUGGAUCACCAGAGGAGCAGAUCAAGAGUGAAACCAAUGAUGACGCAGAGAGCAAAGAUCGAGAGGACAAGGAUCUGCAGCUGAGCGACCUGGAGGACUUCGACCCACUGGAGUCUGAGAGCCCGGAGUGUGAACUCAAGCACCGCUUCCAGAUCAGCGCGCACAUGGAGACCAAAGACCCGCAGAAACUUUCCAUCCCCGGGCUGCUGGAGGAGGCCAAGAGCUGCCUGAAGAGCCCGGAGGACUGCGAGCUGGAGCUCCGGCACAGCAAAGCGUGUUUCCAGCAGCAGCAGCAGCAGAGCCACCCGAUACUAGACAGCAAACCGCGGAUCUGGUCUCUGGCGCAGACCGCCACCUCCCUGAACCCCGCGGAGUUCCCGUCCUGCAUGCUCCGGUGCCCGGCCUCGCCCUCCCCCGCCGGCGGCCCCGACAGACAGCAGGACUCACCGGUCACCACGCUCAGAAACUGGGUAGACGGAGUUUUUCACGACCCCUUGUUCAGACACAGCUCGUUAAACCAGACGAACACUACUGUUUCUUGGACCAACAAAGGCUCGAUUCUAGAGACAGGAGCCCUGGGACGCUCGGUGGCGGACAGCGGCAAGCAGGAGGCCGGCAAGGACACUAUGACAUUUCCAAAGGGGGUGAAUAAAAUAUUCUGCUCCUAGCACACUGGACAUGACUGCCAGAAAGAGACUGUUUGGAAUAGCUGUCUGCGGUUUUCUGUGCGCAGACUGUGAAUCCACAUGGGCCCAAAACUGGUUUUGUUAUCGCGGGAAGUUGUGUGUAUUUAUUGCUGUAUGACAUCUCACUGGCGACGGCAUUGGUUUAUAUAUAUAUUGGUUUGGUUGACGCACGUUCAGAUUAUGUAAAUGAACUGGAAGUUUAUGUUCUGAAAGACUGACAAAAGUUUACAGCCCAGUUUGGUUUCAGCUUUUCUUUGGCAUGCAUAUGUUGCUAGAUUUUCUAUUUGAUUUUAUUAUUAUUAUCGGUCAUUCUUUUAGACGGACUCGGACCUUGUUGCAUCGACUCACAAGUGUCACUAUUAAGAAAGUAUCGCACACAUGCACAGAUCUCCUGGAAUGGAGAAUGUUCAACCUGAUCACUCUAAUAAACGGUCGAUUUUUCCAA